CUCUCUCCCUCUAUCUCAACUCCCAAGCACUCGCUUCUCUUCUAGUCUCUAUGCCCACUUUUUCUUCUUCUCUCUCUUUCUCUGAGGCCCUUUUGACUACAUUUUACAACUGGGUCUGGGCGAGUUCUUCAGUUAUUCCCGAUCUUUGUCUCGCUGUUGUUUGAGUGUUCGUUGUUUGAUGAGGCGUUUGAUGGGGUUGAAUGAUUUGAAGUGAGGUGGUUUGGUUUUUUUGGGGUAUGAGAGUUUGAGGAUAAGAGUUUCGAGAAGAGAUGGCUUUGGAGCCUAAUGAAAUUAAGGAGGAGGUGGCUUUGGAUGUGGGAAAGUCAAAGGGAAGGAAUAAGAAAGGUGGGGGAGAGACCGAGGCUGGCUGUUGGGGAAGUACGUUCAGGUUCUUUGGGAGCUUCUUGUCUUCAAGAUCAAAAGUUGAUAGCUCCGCCAGUGGCCCUACUGCCCAUUCUGCAGAGAGUAAUUCUACAUUUGAGAAAAGCAGAGAUCAACCAAUUGCUUCAGUAGGGUCCUCUACAACCACUAGUAAUACGGGAAGUACUUCAUCCAUUUCAAAAUUCAGUUCUACAUCAACGUCAAAAUUAAGUACUUCUUCCACAUUGAAACUCAGCGAGGAGCUGAAGGUUGCUUCUCAACUUCGGAAGUUUAUGUUUAAUGAGCUAAAGUUAGCGACGAGGAACUUCAGACCUGAUAGUAUUCUUGGUGAAGGUGGGUUUGGCUGUGUCUUUAAAGGUUGGGUCGAUGAGAACGGCACUGCUCCUGUGAAGCCUGGUACUGGACUUACGGUUGCGGUCAAGAUUCUCAACCAUGAUGGACACCAGGGUCACAAAGAGUGGCUGGCUGAAAUUGAUUUGCUUGGUGACCUCACACAUCCUAAUUUGGUUAAAUUGGUCGGAUUUUGUAUUGAAGAUGAUCAAAGGUUAUUAGUUUAUGAGUUUAUGCCUCGGGGAAGCUUAGAGAACCACCUUUUCAGGAGAUCCCUGCCUCUUCCUUGGUCUAUUAGACUGAAAAUUGCAUUUGGUGCUGCCAAGGGCCUUACCUUUCUUCAUGAAGAAGCUCAAAGACCAAUCAUAUACCGCGAUUUCAAAACAUCUAAUAUUUUAUUAGAUACUGAUUACAAUGCCAAGCUCUCGGAUUUUGGACUUGCCAAAGAUGGUCCUGACGGAGACAAAACUCAUGUAUCUACACGAGUUAUGGGAACAUACGGCUAUGCAGCCCCCGAGUAUGUCUUGACCGGACAUCUGUCAUCAAAGAGUGAUGUCUUCAGUUUUGGAGUAGUCCUACUUGAAUUGCUGACUGGCAGAAGGUCCAUGGACAAAAAAAGGCCAAAUGGGGAGCAAAGCCUUGUCGGAUGGGCACGACCACUUCUUGGAGACAAGAAGAGGUUAUACCAGCUAAUAGAUCCUCGUCUUGAAGGUCACUUCUCAAUCAAAGGUGCAGAGAAAGCUGCCCAGCUAGCUGUCCGUUGCCUUGGCCGGGACCCAAAAGCCAGACCUAAGAUGAGUGAGGUUGUUGAAGCCCUAAAGCCUCUGCUGAACCUCAAGGAUAUGGCCAGCUCUUCCUCUUUCUUCCAGACCAUGCAAGCUGACCGUAGCAGGUCCUACCAAAAGGCUCCAAAUGGAACUGGAAUGCGGGCAGCAUCCAUGACGAGGAAUGGACAAUCAAUGAGGAACAUUCCAAUUAUAAAUGGUCCUCGUGCUUCUCCGCACCCUCAUCCGCUCCAGUCAUAAAAACCAAGUGGGAGAGAAUCAUAGAGCUUUUUUUGGUAGGUUUGUUAUAUAUCUUUGAAUAUGUAUGUUUGAUGAAAACUCCCUAGGGGCAUCUUCAUCCUAAGAUAUAGAGUUGGGGUAAUGCAUCUUGAGCCAUGAACCAGAAAUCAUUGGUGUUAGGUCUAUUAACUACGAGCCAUGCACCAUGAUAAAUCAAUGCCUAACGAUACGGUAGUAACGGUACUUGUCGAGAAAUGUGUGAGACCCCCCAUGGGUCGAAUUGAAACCACUCUUUGGUGUAAAUUAGGAUCAUCUAAGUUCAUAAUUUCAACCUGAAUCCUUUCAUGGUAUAGAGAUUUAUCAUGACCUGUGGCUGGCGAAUCCAUGAUUUGGUUUUGCUUGCUAUCGUUAGACCCAAUGCAGCAAGUUUUCUGGUUCAAGAUGUAUUAUCCAGGAAAGAGGAGGCCUCAAGUGUAAGAUCAAAUUCUUCGAUUUCUAUUAUUUGAAAAGGUCUUUUUCUUUUUCUUUGUA